AUGCCACCCAAAAAAGAUGAAAAAGGUAAGGGUCAACUAAAGCCUCGUCGCACUAGAUUCAUUGUAGAGGAGGUUCCUAACUCAGAUAUGUUCGUUCCUAUGCCACGCUCUACUCCAUGCUAUACUCCACCGCCUAUGCAUCCUACACUGCCUAUGCAUCCUACACCGCCUAUGCAUCCUACACCGCCUAUGCAUCCUACACCGCCUAUGCAUCCUACACCGCCUAUGCAUCCUACACCGCCCAUGUCUGGAUCGUUCACUGGAUUACUAUCCAUGCCCCCUGGAUCAGGUUUUUUUUGUCCUCCUGGAUACUCUUACCCCACAUAUUUUCCUACAGAGACAGGUGGAUCAAGCAUGCCAUUACCCAUGCAUAUGGGGACAGGUGGAUCUGGUAGCAUGCCAUUACCCUUGCAUAUGGGGACAGGUGGAUCUGGUAGCAUGCCAUUACCCAUGCAUAUAGAGACAGGUGGAUCUAGCAUGCCAUUACCCAUUCCUUCAGAGGAUGAUACCAGUGCUCCUGGAGAUACCAGUGCUCCUGGAGAUACCAGCGCUCCUGGAGAUACUAGUGCUGAGGAGCAAACAAAGAGGAAGCGUAUUUUGAAAAAAAAUACGACUCAAAAAAUUAAGUAUCAUGAGGGCAGACUAUGCAUUUAUCCCGAUGCAGGAUCUAUUGUUCCCUCACAUCAGGCAGUAUCGAUCAUAACAAAUAUUAUAAAAGAGAAGUACACACAAUUUUGGGCGUCUUAUGGAGCUGUAGAUGAAGAUGAGAGGGAAAAAUGGUUUCAGGCAUUUCAGGAGCGUUGUGUUUGGGAUGUUAGAGAUGAGGCCGCGAUUAAAGAAAACUUUCACACAAAAUGUGCUGCUCGAUUUUCUGAUACCAUGAGGAAUGUUAGACUUAAAUGGGAAGCAAAAGGGACACGUCCACGUUGGAUAGGAGAAGAUAUAUUCCCACAGCUUAUUGAUCAUUGGAAUUCUGAUAAGUUUAAGGAAAUAUCUGAGCAGGCAAAGAAAAAUAGAGCAUCUGAAGUUGGUGGCUGCAACUAUGCAGCGGGAAGUAUUAGUGUGGCUGAAGUUGCGCGAAGGAUGCCUGAAGAAUUAGGCAGAACUCCACUUCUUAAUGAGCUCCACAUGGAGACUCAUCUCAAGAGAAAUGGAGAGUUUAUUGACGAGCGCGCAAAAAUCACUCAAGAGAAUUUUGAUAAAGAACUUGCCAUAAAGUUGUCAGAGCAUCCUGAAAUACCCGAACCACCACCAGGGUAUCCUGUUGACCCCAGUCUUGGUUUUCAGACUUGGUAUAAGGUUUCAGGUGGAAAGAAGAAAAAUGGGAGGGUGUAUUGUACUGGAGGGUAUUCCAAAAAUAUCAAGCGGCGUAGUAGAGAUUUCAAAAUGAGAUAUGCUGAUGGAGAAGGAUCAUCCACUCCACCUAUAUUAACCGCCGAAAUGCUUGAAACUGUGAGAAACUUGGCAAAUACUGAGGCAGCACAACAAGUAGCAGCAAGAAAUUUGGAAAUUGAAGAGAUGAAGAGAAAACAAUUAGAGAUGCAGGAGGAAAUGCAAAGAAGAGAAAGAGAAUUACGGGAAGAAAUGAGGAGAGAAUUUCAGGAAGAAAUGAGGAGGCAGACACAGGAAUAUCAAGAAGCAAUGCGAAUUGCAAAUGAGCGGUCAUAA